AUAAUGCAUGGACAAUAGCCGUUGAGGAAGGCAUCCUUUGUAAGAAUAUGUGAAUACAUAAUCCUCUACUUGCCGGCUGACCCCCACUUUGUAAUCAGGAACGAGCUCAAGGGACCACAAACAUCCACAGCUGACAGUUGAACAAAAUGUCGGCGGCGGCUCGAAUUCCGGAGGAAGAGAUCUCUCGGAUGAAUCGGGAUGAUUUGGUGGGCUUGGUUCGAAAACUGGAAACUGAAAAGUUAAACAUGAUGGUCGACCAUGGUAACAUGAUGAAGGAAAUCAACAGGCGGUUGCAGGUACAUUUACUGGAGAUCAGAGGCCUGAAAGAAGUGAAUCAAAGACUCCAAGACGAUAAUCAAGAACUUAGAGACUUGUGCUGUUUUCUUGACGACGAUCGCCAAAAGGGGAGAAAGCUUGCCCGCGAGUGGCAGAGAUUCGGACGUUACACUGCUAGUGUAAUGCGAAGUGAAGUGGCAGCAUAUCAACAGAAGCUCAAAGAACUGGAAGAUAAACAGAAUGAACUUGUCAAAGACAAUGUGGAGCUGAAAGAAUUGUGUAUUUACUUAGACCAAGAAAGGAUGGCCCAGAAUGACAGAGAUCAAGGGGAUGGCAGUAGUAAUACUACUAAUGAAGAUAAGAAUGAAGAUGACAGGGUUGAGAGCAAUGAUAUUCACAUCAGACAUAGAUCUGAACAUGCACUGCAGUAUAUCCGUCAGUUGGAAGAUAAAGUUAAACACUUAGAAGAAGAAAAAAGAGAACUGGCACAGCGAGUGGACAGACAUGGAGCAGAAGGACAAAGAGUUGAGAAAAGGUCUCCACCAGCAAGUUAUGAACCUGGCCGUAUGGUAACUGGAGGAGAAGCUACCUCAGUGCCACCACACCAUGGCCCCUCCAAACCAGAGGCUGUGGUACAUGCUAUGAAGGUCUUAGAAGUACAUGAGCAACUUGAACGCCCCUUAUCUGAAAUGACAGAAGAGGAUCUAGAUGACUCGGAAAAAGCAAUAGUGAGGGAAUUGUGUAAUGUUGUAUGGAGGAAGCUUGGAGAUGUCACCCCAGGAACUGACGCAUCCAGUCCACGUCCCAAUAGAAGAAAUCUGGAGACCAACACUUAGCCAUUUUUGGCAAAAAGAGAGGUUUUUCUGAAUACAUUGUCAAAUUAUUGUUGAAAUACAGAUGACUUGAUUAGAGUGACAGGGCAGAGGGGACAUACAUAUUUAAUAAGGGUCAUUUAAUACUCCUGACUGAUUUUAUAUCAAAAAAAAUCUUCAGCCUUUUUAUUUAGUUAUUUUUUUACAGUUUUAUUAGUUUUGUUGAGCUAACUACCAGUGACUGACUUAGCUAUACAGAUGCAGUAAGACUAUUGAUAAUUUUGUUGCAGCAUUGACAUGAUCAUUCGGUCUAAUUGAAGUCAUUUAUGUGUUCUGUUUGUAUUUUACCAAUAUUUUUAGGUUGACAUUUAAUUCAGUCAAGAACUGUGGUCAUAUAUUCUUGACACAGCU